AUGACACGAUCACUUGAACAUGGGCUCAACUCAAGAGACGAGUCGCAAUCCGUAGCCGCUACGGCGAACCGGCUCAUCCGGAAACUUUACCAGGCAGCCAAGCCGACAACGUACCCAAAAUAUGCUUUCGCCAUCCGGCGUAUGCGGACGGUGAUAAUAUCCUCAUCUCCAAGGCAGCACUGGACGAGGGCGGUAUUCACUACGGCCACGGCAUACACGGCCUGCGCUGUCCUGGCAGAUUCCCGAUAUGACGGUUACCUAUCCUUGUCAUCUGCCGGCACCUCGAUCGACUGUGAGCCAGAUGAAACAUUGACAGAACCAAACUAUUACUUUCACGUGCCCGGAGUAGCACAAUACGACCUUGUCGCCGACUUCAAUCGUAGCGUCUUUCCUCAUGGGAAAUUUGCCCCCAGCAUGGUUAUGCGACAACGUCAAGAUCUCCAGAGCUACUGGUCUACCUCGGCAAACGACUUGGGCUGGCAUCGUCUUGUCGAGUUACCGACAGUACUUUGGGCACGGAGGCAGCCCGUCUACUUCCCGAGUCAGAUGAACUUCAAGCUGUGGCACGCGCCGCCGGGUCGUCCACCAAGACGACUAUCCAUCGAUUCGGCUCCCUCAUCUGCACCCCCAAUAUUUGUACAGCACAUAGCGCGGCAGACGAAUCUGGCAACGCAGCCAGCGCCAGCGCCAAAGAUGGAAAUACGCAACCGCGGGCUGGAGGCACAGAUCGAAGCCAUUCAGCAUCCCUUUGAAGUAAACAUCCGAGGUUUGACCACCACGCAGCCGGCCGUGGAAUACACGCUUCAAGAGUGGAGCCUGCAGAGAUGGCUGUGA